AAAUGCAAUAAAAUAAUAUGUCAUUUUGAAAUUUAAAAUAAAGACAAAAGAAUAUUUUAUAGGCAAAUUAAAUUUUUUAUUUUAUUUUACACAUAAUUUUUUAUCUAAUGUAAAAUAAAAGCUUAUCAACAAAUUUUUAUUUCGCAGUAAAAUUAACUUGUAUUCAAAAUUUAAAAAGUUUUAUGUGAUCAUAAUUUUUUUUUUUAUCAUUGACAUUUUUACAAUAAAAUGAAUAUUUCAAUUUUAAAUACAAUAUUUAAAUUAAUUUUAAUACUUAAAUUAACUUGUGCUGAUGAAAAUCUAAACAAUCACGAGUGUCCUUGUGGAAAAAAUUUAAAUCGCCCGGCUAAUUGUGAUAGUAAUGAUAAUGAGUAUUGUUCUAGUAAAUUAAAUAAUUUAGAGGUCGAUAAUUAUGAUGAUGAUGAUAAAGAUAAUUAUUUAUCAAUGGCGCAAAAAUUUGUGCCAAAUGAAAUGGUGAAAAUAAAAAGUGGAAUUUAUUUAAUCGGUACCGAUAAGCCGGUGUUUGUUAAAGACGGCGAAGGUCCUAAAAGGCCGGUUGAUUUAAACAGUUUUUAUAUUGAUAAAUAUGAGGUAAGUAAUAAAAAUUUUGAAAUUUUCGUCAACGCCACUGGCUACAAAACAGAAGCUGAAAAAUUUGGUAACUCGUUUGUCUUUGAUGGAUUGAUAAGUGAGGAAACCAAGUCGAAAAUAAACCAGGCUGUUGCUCAAGCACCUUGGUGGCUUCCUGUUAAUAAGGCAACAUGGAGAACUCCUGAAGGACCUGAUUCUAAUAUAACAUACAGAAUGGAUCAUCCAGUGAUACAUGUAUCAUGGAAUGAUGCUGUUGCAUACUGCAAUUGGUUGGGAAAAAGAUUACCCACUGAAGCAGAAUGGGAGGUAACAUGCAAAGGUGGUCUUGAUGACAGAUUAUAUCCUUGGGGUAAUAAAUUAACUCCAAAUAAUAAGCAUAGAAUAAAUAUUUGGCAAGGUGAUUUCCCAUAUAAAAACACUGGGGAAGAUGGAUACAUAGGUACAGCUCCUGUUACUGAAUAUCCACCAAAUGGAUAUGGUGUUUAUAAUAUUGCUGGUAAUGUGUGGGAAUGGACGUCUGAUUGGUGGUCUAUAAAUCAUUCAAAAGAUAAGCUUACUAAUCCUACUGGACCAGCCACUGGAAGUGACAAAGUAAAAAAAGGUGGAUCGUAUCUUUGUCAUGAAAAUUAUUGCUUCAGAUACAGAUGUAUGGCUCGUCAUCAGAAUACACCAGACACAUCUGCUGGAAAUCUGGGAUUUAGAUGUGCUGCUGAUGAUAAUUAGUCAGUAGCUAAUGGUACUAUUAAUUGGUGAUCAAUCGGGAAUGUAUGGAUUCAAUAAAAAACUAUUUUACACUAA